CGCAGAGGCAACAAUAGUACAAGACCGGAAGCUGAACCGGAUUAUCCUAUAAUAAACACGCAUUUUCUUUUCCGAGCAGGCAGCAUGUUCAAAGCAUUUUCAAAAACCUUCCUCGGCAGCCACCACCAUCUUCUCAACUUCAAACCCUCCCCGAAAACCUCAUUCCACCACAAUACGGCGCUACUAGCCAUGUCCACAGCUGCCGCCGUCAAGCGCGUGGGCACCCACAACGGGAGCUUCCACUGCGAUGAAGCACUUGGCUGCUUCAUGAUUCGCCUCACCAAGAAGUUCUCAGACGCUCACAUCGUCCGCACGCGUGACCCGCAGGUGCUGGAAGGUCUUGAUGCUGUGCUUGAUGUGGGUGGGGUUUACGAUCCCACAAGAGAUAGGUACGACCAUCAUCAGAAGGGUUUUGAAGAGGUUUUUGGGCAUGGGUUUAGUACUAAGCUCAGUAGUGCUGGUCUUGUUUAUAAGCAUUUUGGUAAGGAGAUCAUAGCGAAGGAGCUUCAAGUGGAUCAAGAGCACCCAGAUGUGCACCGAUUGUUUCUUGUGAUUUAUAAGAGCUUCAUGGAGGCAAUUGAUGCCAUUGACAAUGGAAUCAAUCAGUAUGAUACUGACCAGCCGCCAAGAUAUGUAAACAAUACACACUUGUCUUUACGUGUUGGAAAACUGAAUUUGGAUUGGACAGAUCCUGAUCAGUCUUCUGAGAAGGAAAAUGAGGCCUUUGAAAGAGCAAUGGCUCUUGCUGGGAGAGAGUUUUUGGAUAAUGUGCGCAGUCAUGCAAGAUCAUGGCUACCUGCUCGGUCAAUUGUGAUUGAUUGUCUUGAAACGAGGCUGAAUGUUGAUCCCAGUGGAGAAAUUAUGGUCCUCAACAAAUUUUGCCCGUGGAAGCUUCACUUGUUCGAGCUUGAGGAAGAGUUGAAGAUUAACCCACCUAUCAAAUAUGUGAUUUAUCAGGAUGAACGUAGCAAAAGUUGGCGAGUCCAGGCAGUGGCUAUAGCGCCUGAUAGAUUUGAGAGCCGAAAGUCGCUCCCUGCCAAGUGGCGUGGUCUGAGGGAUGAUGAGCUGUCUAAUGAGUCGGGAAUUCCUGAUGGGGUUUUUGUGCACAUGAGCGGAUUCAUUGGUGGGAAUAGAACGUUCGAGGGCGCACUUGCAAUGGCUAAAGCUGCACUCAGACUCUGACCACAAGCAGCAGCAGUAUCAUCAGAAUUUUGAUGGUUUAAAGCCUCUUAGUUGAAAUUAAUUUCACAAUCAUUUGCCUGAAAUUCUUUACUUUUUUGUCUGAUCUCCAGAACGAGUGGAUUGACAAGAAAAUUGAACAGCAGUUGGACUGUAGAAUAUAUAUUUUCAUCUUAAAUGAUUUUGCUUACUGAGAAAAUUAAGGUUUCAUAGAUAUUUUUUUUCAAGAAAAAAGAGAAAAAAAAUGCAUUCGAU